AUGAUAGGAAUACCCCAGGUUGUACGUAUUUGUACAAACUUUCUCAGGAGAGAACUUCAUCCAUCCAAUGCUUUAAGAAUUUACAGUGGACGUAUGGACUCUUAUAACCCCUUUCAUGAACUUCUCUCAUACAAUCCUGUAACUGGGGAGUGGAGAGAUCUAGCAGCACUGAGUGCUCCACCUCGCUACAACUACAUGGGUGUUGCAGUUUUGAAUAACUUUUUGUAUUUAGUGGGUGGUCUUUUUAAUGAAGAAGGGGAAAAAUCACUAGAAAGAUAUUCUUUUGAACAGAACGAAUGGUUUAAGUGUUCAUCAAUGAAUUUUUGGCGAAGUAUCCCAGCAGUUGUUGCCACAAAUUCUCUGUUAUAUAUCAUAGGUGGUCAUCGUCCCAAUGACCACCUUGAACUGAACCAAUGGUUUAAGUGUUCGUCUUCAGAGUAUUUGGGUCGAAGUAGCCCAGCAGUUGUUGUCACAAAUUCUCUGUUAUAUGUCAUAGGCGGUUACUGGAGUGGUUUGAAUGGAAUUGGAAUGGUAAGGAAAGAAGAAUAA